CUGAGAUUUUCCAUCGUCCUCCUCAGCCGCUCAGUUCCUGGGAGAAAGAAAAAAAAAAUCCUGCCGCGCGCUGGUGUCCAUCUCCUGAAGAUUUUUCCACCGGAUGCCUCUCCAUUUCUUACGUAGCGCAGAUACUCCUCUCCUUGAGAUAUUUCCAGCCGCCGCGAGUCUUUAUCUUCUUCUCCCACGCGCACAAGCUCCUCCCUCUGCGCAUCUGCCUGCUUCCGGCCGAGUUCUCCACACCGCGCUCCACUACUCGGCAAACCGCUGCCCAGGUUCGGCCAGCCAAGUGCUCCAUCUCCCAUUCAAGCUCCAUGCGCGCGCGUCCUGGAUUCCUCUCUCCCUCGCGUCUUCUUCCCCAGCACGCCGGCGCGUCUCCCUGCGCACGCGCCGCCGUCGAGUUCUCCGUCGCGCGCCGUGGUGUUUCUCAGCGCGCACCUUCCUCUUCCUAGCUCUGUUGCCGCGCGCGCCCAGCAGAAGUCCCGUCCGUCCGCGCUCUGCCCAGUCCCUAGCUCGGCCUCUGCUCUGUCGCUGCUGCUGCGCGCGUGCUUGUCGGUGUUUCCAGCUCGCCGUGGAGCCGAGCUCUCCACCGCCGUCCUCAGCGCUCGCCCAGCUCUGUUGGCCGCGCCCCUGUUCCUGCUCCGGCUCAUCUGCGCCACCGCCGCAUCACUGCUCUCCUUGGCGCUCGCCUUUGGUGCUGGCCGCGUGCUCCUAGUCCGGCUCAGCCGCGACCUCGCCGUCGAUCCUAAGCUCGUUGCGCGCCCUGUUCCACUGUGUCGAUCCGCUCAUUUUGUUGAGUCCGUCCGCGCGCGCAGCUUCCUCAAGUCGUCGUGUGCCCAGCUCGCUCCAGCUCGCAGGUCGAGCUUCUCCCUCACACUCAGAUCCGGCCGUUAACGUCUAGCCAUAUGUUCUUUUUCCCCAGCUCGUGGAUGUCGUCGUUCCGUGUGUUUGACCUUCAGAGUUCGCCGGCCAUCACGACAUCCUCAUCUAUCGUGCCAUGCUUCGAUGGUCGAUUUGCACAGUUUCUGCUCGGCAAUCGGUUCUGUCACCGUCGAACCUCGUUCCUGCUCGAUCUCGUCGAACCCCGAAUCCCGGACGUUAGACAAAAAUAAGUGAGAUCCGUGUGCAUCGCUUAUCAAGUGCUCAGUCGAAGACUUCAAUCGAAGGUCAUCAUUGUUCCGUGCGUCAAUAAGAAAUCCUAAGAGUCAGGUGAAGACGGAAUUAGCAGCGUGAUGUUCACCAAGUACUCGACACAAGGGCUGAACUGAAAUCCUUGCCGUGCUCGUGGAUAGCGCGUCAGAGUUAGUAUGGUAAGCCGAUUUAUAUUUUGGUUAGCUUAAUUAUUGAUUUGAUGAAUAGUUUGCGUACAUAAGUAGGAAGUGGUCGUGUCACGCGAAACUCAAAGUUUUAAAAUGAUUAUUGUGUGAGGAGUGGUUAAAUGAAUAAUAUGUCUAGUGUCUUGAUCAUAUAGCUGAUAAAUACGGUUGUGGUUAUAUUAAAUGAUUAUUAAAAUGUAUCGCAAGUAAUAUGUGGUGGAUACAUAUGUCGGAUAGGUUUAAAUUGGCUCUUUGCUGAGGACUGAGGAGAAUUAAUAAUGUGAAGAAUUGAUUUAGUAAUCCAAACAAUUAUCCGAUAAGUCUGUCGUCGUUGAUUUUGUAGGAUAUUUUGGUGGUUAAACCUGAAAUGUUUGAUUAAUUGUUGACAUGUAAAAUAUGUGAGGUGUAAAAUAAAAUUAAAAUAGUUCUUUGUGAGUGAUGUGGUAUAAUUUAUAAAGCGAGUGAUAAGUUUAGAAUUUAAUUAAUUAGCUGAUAAGUUGUGUUUAGGCUAAUUGUAUUAAAUGUGUAUAGUUUGUUGUUUCGUGAUGUUUGCGUUAGAUUCGGGUAAUCUAGAAAAGCGUAACCAUUACUCUUAGUCGUACGUCGAUAACUAGUGUUUCCGUAUGAAACAGUACAACGCCUCGCCGCUAGGUGUUUAAUUCGCUAUCGCGUAGCACUAUUUAGGUUUGUAAUAUUCCCGUCUAUAUGCGUUCAUGUGCAUAAUGCAUUUCAUUCAAGUACGUGAAUUAACCACGUGAUGCGGAAGACGACCCAAGUCGACCCCAAGCGCGGGCUACUCCGCAUGGUGAUGCUGAUGGACGAACCUGCCUGAUCAAGUGCUAGGACAAGGAUGAUCGUCAAGUGGACGUCGCCUACCAAACACUAACCUAGUGUUAUUCAGGCAAGCCCCAGUACAUGCAACCCCUUCCUUAUGUUUUUAAAUAAUUUUUACAUACUUUAAGUCUAGCGAAAUGUGCAUUAGGUUUAUAGUAGUUGCUUGGAAACCCUUUGAUGCAUUGGCUACCUUGAAAUCCAUUCCUUUUAUAGAUACUUCUGGUAAAGUAUCAAAUACGAUUUACAAAAUUGCUUAGCCUUGCCUAGAGGUAAAUCUUGUGAAUAGAGAUUGUCCUUUGCGUUAAUGCUCAGGGGUUAUCCUGAGGAAGGAUGGCUUUUGCCUGCAAUAAUAUUUUUAUUGGGAGCGUGGUGGGAUCUUACUGCAAAGUUCUCUAUAAUGCUCUUUUCAUCCUAAGGAACACAAACAAUCCUAAGGAUGGAAGUACUUAAAUCGAGACUUGGUUUAGGAACAAGUGAUGUUCUACCCAGGUUGAUUAAGGAUUAUAGCGAAUGUAGGCUUGCUGAUCGAGGAUCUUUUAACUGGUCACAUGCCUCGUCAUGGGUAAGCCUUGCCUCAUGCAGACUAAUACCAGAGUAAGACAACACGCAAUGGGAGUGGAGAGAUGGCGAGAGUAGCGUGUACCCUCCAUGGCAAGAGGCUAGACGGUGGUGUAUCUGUGCUCUCGGUUGGCGUGAACCUGAUCUGGUCUUAAGAACCUCGGUGGCGAGUUGACAUAUGCAAGGGUUAAGUGCUACAUAUGUCGUGUGAUUGGAGAUCCCUAGCUGGGUAUUAAUCGAUUCGGAUUGUCGUUACUUCUCGGACAUGAAGACUUGGUCACUGCCCUGCAAUCUAAGUCAUGGAUGGAAUCAUAAUGAGCAAAAAUCGUGUGUAUUGAUUAAUGUGAUGAUGAAAUUAGACUAGAUGCAAACAAGGUCUAUUAAUACUUAAUCUAGCAUUAAAAUGUUGAAAGUAAGGACUCAUUUUAGUAAGCUUUCUGCAAACUAUUAAUGUUGAUUCUUGUUAAAAGCCUUUCCUUGAUUCCCAAAUCCAGCGUAUCCUUGAGAGUCUUUUUCCUUAGUCGGGUAAGUCUUGGUGAGUACUUGCGUACUAAGGGUUUUAUUCCCAUUGUUGCUGCAGGUCACGAGUCACUUUGAUUGUGAUUGGUGUUAAGCGCCGGUGGGCACGACCUUCUUAAAAGUCUAAGUAUUUCCUCUA